ACGUCGUACGAAGUUUUUCUGUGGGAAUUUUUCGACGCCGAAGUUUUGAACUGUUGAUCAUGGGUUGUAGCGUUCUGUGUUUAUUUUUAUAGCUGUGCCUUCUGUGUCAAGUGACAGUGCUGAAAUACUUUUGGCCUCCAAAUUAAACUAAAGGCUAAACUUCAAUAAAAUCUUUUGUUAUUGAGGGAGAAACAAUGGCUUGGAGUGGCAGCAUUAACUGGGAUUCCGAGCAUGAAAGCACAUUUCGGAGCACUCAAGGAAACUUGGAGAGGGCAUCGCAGAGUAUUGCUAGAUCUACUCAAAUAGCUGUUGAGACGGAACAAAUUGGAACUGAAGUUGUCAGUGAAUUGGGACAGCAGCGUGAAACACUUCUACGAGCUCGUCAGCGAGUUGCAGAUACUGAUGAAGAACUUAACCGAGCAGAUGCAAUACUGCGGAAAAUGAAAUGUGGGGUGUUAUCCAAUAAGUUGACUUUACUUUUGAUAAUUUUAAUGGAAGGUGGAAUUCUUGCCUGUCUUGUGUACCUCAAAUUUUUCAAGAAAAGUUAAUAUCUAUUCUUAGUUGGCAAAUAUUAUAAAAAAAAUUUAUCUAAGUCACUUGUACUUGCUUAUUUUCCAUCAUAGACUAUAUUUCUAUUAUUAUUUUUAUUUAUUGCCCAUGUUUGCAAUUGAACAAUCAGUGUUAGAACAUGUUCUAUGUGCCUCAUUUAAAUUCAUUCAAAUUUAUAGGAUGGCACAAUCCUUCCAAGACAUUAAAGAGAGUUUUGUACUACUUCUGAAAAGAAAUAUUAGAAAGCCAUUCCAGUUGUUGCUUCAUUUGUCAAACAGUUCUGGCAACAGAUUUCAUUUCUUUGGGGCCCAAACUAUUUAAUUGUGAUAUUAUCUUGUGAUAAGUAGGGAAAGUCCCUCAUAAACUGUAAAUAUAUAAAAUAUAAAAACUUUUUAUUCCAG